UUUGGCGUUCAGAGGUGCAUGGCCAAUGCCACUUCAUUUUUGCAUAUCCUCUAAAUCUCAUUCAUUCAAUUCACACACUCUUCUGCCAGCACAGAUUUCUUUUGAUUUUUGGAUUAAAUCUUUUUUUUUUCCCUCCCUUUCUGAUCACCAUCGCCUCCUUAUACAUAUGUGUAGAUUUUUCUCUAAUCUCUCACACACCACAGCCCCCCUAAAAUAUCGCCUCGCCAACUUGCUCUCUCGUCUCCAUGUGGCCCUUUUACUCGCUUCUUCUACUGCAAAACCUCAUGAUUGCUCACUCUUUUCAAUUUCUCCUUGAAUGUUAAGCCUUCUUUGGAGAUCUGCAUUUUUCUCCACAACAUGGCUUCUUCGCAAAACAAGCAUGUGCCAGGAAACAAAUAUAACACUGCUCCCGCAAGUCCUCUCACACCCAAAACUAGACUGGAAAGGCUUCUUCUCAAUAGAGAGCUCCGGAAAUUCAAUAAGAUUUUUAAUCCAACUGAUGCGUUAGCAGAUGGUCUCAAAGAAGCUGAGCACUUUGCAAAUGAUUCAGUUUCAAAGGAAGCUGAAAGUAGUGGUCCACUUAACGAGGAAGCAUUUUUAGAAGCGGUUGAUGGAGGUGAACGGCCUCCCAAACAACGUUUAUUGGUGGUUGCCAACAGGUUACCAGUCUCUGCAGUUAGGAAGGGUGAGGAUUCAUGGCAACUUGAGAUAAGUGUAGGAGGACUAGUCAGUGCACUUUUGGGGGUGAAGGAGUUUGAUGCCAGAUGGAUUGGAUGGGCUGGUGUAAAUGUACCUGAUGAAAUUGGACAAAAAGCAUUAUCUACAGCUUUGGCUGAAAAGAGGUGCAUCCCAGUUUUUCUUGAUGAAGAUGUUGUCCAUCAAUAUUACAAUGGCUAUUGUAACAACAUAUUGUGGCCACUUUUCCAUUAUCUCGGACUUCCACAAGAAGACCGCCUCGCAACCACCCGCAGUUUUCAGUCUCAAUUUGAUGCAUAUAAGAUGGCUAACCAAAUGUUUGCUGAUGUUGUAAACAAACACUAUGAGGAGGGAGACGUUGUUUGGUGUCAUGAUUACCAUCUAAUGUUUCUUCCCAAAUUUCUGAAAGAACAUAACAGCAAAAUGAAAGUUGGUUGGUUUCUCCACACACCCUUUCCUUCCUCAGAAAUACAUAGGAUGCUGCCAUCCCGUUCAGAAUUGUUGAGAUCUGUUCUUGCUGCCGAUUUAGUUGGUUUCCACACUUAUGAUUAUGCUAGGCAUUUUGAAAGUGCUUGUAUACGUAUCCUUGGACUUGAGGGUACACCUGAAGGAGUAGAGGAUCAGGGAAAGCUGACUCGUGUAGCUGCGUUUCCUAUUGGGAUAGAUUCUGAUCGGUUCAUUCGAGCCCUGGAACUUCCUCAGGUCCAGGAUCACAUGAAAGAACUUAAGGAAAGGUUUGCUGGCAGAAAGGUAAUGCUAGGUGUUGAUCGUCUUGAUAUGAUCAAAGGAAUUCCCCAAAAGAUUUUGGCAUUUGAAGAGUUCCUUGAGGAAAAUCCAGAGUGGCGUGAUAAAGUAGUUUUGCUGCAGAUUGCUGUGCCAACGAGGACAGAUGUUCCUGAAUAUCAAAAGCUCACAAGCCAAGUUCACGAGAUUGUUGGACGCAUUAAUGGAAGAUUUGGAACCCUUACUGCUGUUCCAAUACAUCAUCUGGAUCGUUCUCUUGACUUUCACGCAUUAUGUGCACUAUAUGCUGUUACUGAUGUGGCUCUUGUUACGUCUUUAAGGGAUGGAAUGAAUCUUGUCAGUUAUGAGUUUGUUGCUUGCCAAGCUUCCAAGAAAGGGGUCCUCAUCUUGAGUGAGUUUGCUGGUGCGGCACAGUCUCUUGGUGCUGGUGCUAUCUUGGUGAAUCCAUGGAAUAUCACAGAAGUGGCUUCUUCAAUUAGUUAUGCUUUGAAUAUGCCCGCGAAUGAAAGAGAGAAAAGGCACGACCAUAACUUCAAGCAUGUGACAACUCAUACAUCACAAGAGUGGGCUGCAAUGUUUGUGAGUGAACUCAAUGAUACCAUUGUAGAAGCUCAAUUAAGGACAAGAAAAGUUCUGCCCCUGCUUCCUAUCAAAGUUGCAGUUGAACAAUAUAUGCAAUCUAAUAAUCGUUUACUUAUUCUGGGAUUCAAUGCAACUCUAACCGAACCAGCGGACAGCUUAGGUAGAAGGGGUGGUCAAAUUAGAGAAAUGGAACUUAGAUUGCACCCAGAAUUAAAAGAACCCUUGAAGAAACUUUGUGAUGAUCAAAAGACGACUACUGUUGUCCUCAGUGGGAGUGAUAGAACCAUUCUGGAUGAAGUACUCUCCUUUCUCCAGUUAUCCUCAUCCCUGCUUAUUAUGCUUUCUGACCAACUACUUGUUAUGCAGAACUUUGGAGAAUACAAUAUGUGGUUGGCAGCAGAAAAUGGGAUGUUUUUACGUCUUACAUCCGGAGAGUGGAUGACAACAAUGCCAGAGAAUCUCAAUAUGGAUUGGGUUGACAGUGUAAAGCAAGUUUUCGAGUAUUUUACAGAAAGAACACCUCGAUCUCAUUUUGAGCUUCGGGAAACUUCUCUCGUAUGGAAUUACAAGUAUGCAGAUAUGGAGUUUGGAAGACUUCAAGCAAGGGAUAUGUUGCAGCAUCUCUGGACAGGACCAAUUUCAAAUGCAGCAGUUGAUGUUGUUCAAGGUGGCCGCUCUGUUGAGGUUCGAGCAGUUGGUGUUUCAAAGGGUGCAGCAAUAGAUCGUAUUUUAGGAGAAAUAGUUCAUAACCAGGGCAUGAAGACACCCAUAGACUAUGUACUCUGUGUUGGUCACUUUCUGGCCAAGGAUGAAGAUAUCUAUGCAUUUUUUGAGCCUGAGCUUCCUAGUGAAUCACCUGGUAUAGUAAAAUCCAAGUCACCAGACCCUGUUGGCUUACCUGUACCAAAAGUUCCCAGUGGUAGAACCCGUUCCAAGGGUCACCUUAAGAAACAACGCUCCAUGUCAGCUUUGGAAUGGAACAGUCUGGGAAGUGCUGGUUGGCGGCCAAUUGUUAAUGAUAGAGUUUCAGUGCAUGAGGGUUCUUCUGUACUUGAUCUCAAGGGGGAGAACUACUUUUCUUGUGCUGUUGCGCGUAAACUAUCAAAUGCUCGAUAUCUCCUUGGAACUUCAGAUGAUGUUGUCACACUCUUAAAGCAGCUUGCAGAUGCCUCUUCAUCAACUUGAUUGCAGUUUACCUGGUCUCGCUCAUGCCUUGAAUUUAGAGGUUUGAGAAACUAAUAAAAGGAGCUGUUGAUGGUGGAUAUUUCGUAUAUUGUCUUUCUAUGUGCAUACAAAAAAUUUUGGAUAUUAAUGUGAAUAGCGGCAUCAGAUAUAGCAACAACAAAGCAUAUGAUGAGAAGAACUCAAAUGUCAUUCUUCAUAUGACUAUUUGAAUCAAGCUAAGAAAACUUGAAAUUA